GACCUUCACAAAAGCCUUUGGCAAGGCGCUGCUUGAGCUCUGGCAGCAGGAGCAAUCAUCUGCAGCUCCACCUCGCCUGAGUUUACGACAGAAAGUUCAUCUCCCUGUGGAGAUGACUGAUCGGGAGCUCUUUUCUGGGCUAAGUCUGGGUGACACAUGGGGUGAUGCAGAGCUGGUCCAAGUUUGGGAGUACUUGUACUGCAAUAAACACCUUGUGGUGCCCGAAGCAUGGAAGAGCACUAUGGCAGCCCUGAACACCCAGCUUCUGGACAGU